AUGACGAUUCGGGUCCGUUUUUCUCCCCCACCAGGAGGGUGUCCGGCUACCGCGUGGUUGUUUUAUUUCCUUUUGUCUUUCUUGAGGUGUCAGGCUCUUUUGUCUCCACUAUCCUCUGUCUUGUUCUCUGACCUAACCAGGAACAGCUGGCUGUCUCACUCCUCGUCUCCUUUGCCUAAGCCUGCGGCUGCAGGCCCUUCCGUUGCCGACUCUCUCUCUGCAAAAGGUCGACAUGCAACCUCUGCAGAGUUCCUGCAGCGCUUAGCUUUGCUCAACCAGCAGGAAAGAUAUCAUCUGCUUGGGUCAAGAAAACGUAUUCUCGGUGCUUUGCUAAAUAUCCGUCCAAAUAAAGGGCUAACUGACAGUCGUUCGGACCGCGUGGCUCCUGAGAGGAAUCCUGAUGGCGUUUUUCACGGGACUUUUCUUUCUGGCUCAUGCCCCGGGAAGUCUCCCAUCAGGAAGUCUUUUGCGUCGUGGCAUCCAAGACCACUCUCCUCUGGAUUCUUCAGUUCGUUUGUACGGCCGAGAACACCGUGGAUAACUAGGCUGUCCUUAAACAAUUUUGGCGGGCGACGAUGGUCGCCUUGGAAUCCAACAAGACAGAGACACUGGGUUCCGGGUUUCCUCGGUUUGGAUCUGAUCAAGAUCUUUGGCAGACUGGCGGACGUCUCAACCGUGGGCAGCGUCAUUGCGUCUCCUGUGUCUUCUCCGGCGACAGCGGCUCCGUUGAUUUUGGGAGUGUACGAGAAUGUCGUGGACCUAGCGCGGAGUCGGAAAGAGGAAUUGUUUCAUCCGAGCGGGGAAUCAACCAAAGAGAGAACGCGUGUUGCCGAUGACCUUGUCUCUACCGACGAUUACUGUGGUUCAACGGGGCAGACCGAAGGCGACUCCGUGAGAAACCAGAGAAAGAGAAAACGCUGUCCAGAGAUGCGAGACUCCGACAGGCUUCCGGGCGAUGGGACUGGAAGCGAUGGCGCAACGAACGACAAGGAGCCUGCCACGACGGUGCAGUGGGAGACGAACUGGGACUGGGAUGCGUGGCUGAUGAAGGAGAGAGAAAAGUGGCUCUCUGGGACCUAUCAGUCUCUUCUGAUUAAAAAGAAUGCGUUAGUGAAGGGCCGAAGAAGGAGCACGGCACUCAGUGGCAAGAAAAAGUGGGAAGAGCUUUUUGACAGGACCCUCACUCUCGAGACAAAGGGGCAGGUAGAUGGUACGGACCCUGGGAAAAACAGCUGCGCUCCGGGGUUGAAACAAGGCGGCAUCGCAAGGUCAUCCAAGGACGGGAACGAAGAGGGUUUAGUGGCUAGACAAGAGAAGGUGUCGGGCGCAGGCGCGCAGUUCCAGUGUUGCGGAUUCCUUCAUCCACAGACCUCUGUGAGUCUCAGGCCUGUCUCUGGUGAGGGGUUGAAAGGAACGCUGAGUCGUGACAGUCAGCAUGUAAUCGGGGAAGGACUAAAUCGACAGGCCUUCGAGGAGAGCCUCCUGAAGUCAAAGUUCAUAUGGCCUCUCCAACCGAACAAUGGCGCUGCUCUGCGCUCCAUACAGUACAUACCAGCGCGGCGGGUUCGCAACACUGCAGAAGGACACCAAGAUGACACCGAUGGGGGGAGUGGGGAGAACACGGGAGAAUCAACGAGAACUCGGGGGGCGCGCCGACAUCAGAGGAAGAAGAUAUCGACAUACGAGAGAGUCAACCAGCUGUUGCAGGCGAGCCCGGUGUCUUCCGAUGCCAUUGAUUGCGUAUGGCGCGCCCUGACUCGUGUGGUUACUGGACCGUUUGGCGAAGUUCUGCCUCCUCGAGUGUCUCUGUCUUGCCCGGAGCUCGAAGCUCUCAAUGAUACGCAAGGAGUGACUUCUGGCCGGUUGCUCUACCGCGGCGACUUCCUCCGAUCGAUCUGGGAAUGGGCUCCCGCAGAUGGGCUCGUCGACUGGGAGUCUUUCCUAUUUUUCUUAGACGAGGUUCCAUCUGACGGCGUUGAACCACUGUUCAACUGAAACGAUUCGCGAAAUGUUAGCGACGCUGUCUUGGCUGAUACCAUAACAGUGACGGAGUAAUAAUCUUUCCCAUCGUGUGUGGGUUUGAGCCAUGAAAACAGAAUAAAUGGCUCUGCCAUUUUUGUCGGAAGAACUACAGUUGGUGCAAAGCCAGAUAUUUUGAGUGUUUCAUAAGUGGGAAGACGGGGAACUGCACGGAAAUUGUUGGUGCCGCCACUGAAAGCAGUGUUCCAAAUAUCUGCGGGAGAGGGGCAGUCAAAAGUUGUGUUGCAGCCGCCUUUUGCGUUUGCAUCUCUGCACGGGCGGGCAUUGCUGUCACCAGAAAGUAGCCGAUGUUCGGCAGCAAUAUCGAAGCCUUGAAUCAGUUCCCAGGGGUACGAUGAGACACGAUUAUGGAACACUUCCAAAUAGAGAAUGGUUUGCGUACUCGCACUUUUGCUUAGGAAGACAACCCGCGAACUGCCACUUGCUAUAUCCAAGAGACAGACGGUAUCAAAAUUCAAUCAGAAGCAUAAGGGCAUCGUUGAGCAAUUUUCGGAAGGACUUUAAAAAGGAAACUUCCAGUUUUUUCUUGGUUGCACUAUUGCGUGCAGGUAGGAAUGCGUUACUAAGAUACCUUACCGUUUGGUGGCGAACGAAUUGAUUCUGACCGGCUACACCGGCGGAACUGGAACCUCCUGUAGCGUGUGUAUGGCGCUGCAGACCGUGAGCAGCAGUCUGCUGAAAACUCUGAUUGCCUGACCUUGUGUAU